GUUCAAUGGCGGCAAGAUCUACACGUACAUCGGAGAGGUGUGCGUGUCCGUCAACCCGUACCGCACCAUCAACUUGUACGGCAAGGAGUACGUGACCCAGUACAAAGGCCGCGAGAUCUUCGAGCGCCCCCCGCACGUGUUCGCCCUCGCCGACGCGGCCUACAAGGCGAUGAAGCGGCGCGGCCAGGACACCUGCAUCGUCAUCUCCGGGGAGUCGGGCUCGGGCAAGACGGAGGCCUCCAAGAUCAUCAUGAGGUACAUCGCCGCCGUCACCAACGUCGCCGGCCAGCAGGAGAUCGAGAGAGUGAAGAAUGUGCUGCUGCAGUCUAAUGCCAUCCUGGAGGCCUUCGGUAAUGCCAAGACCAACCGCAACGACAACUCCUCACGUUUCGGCAAGUACAUGGACAUCAACUUCGACUUCAAAGGUGACCCCAUCGGCGGCCACGUACAGAACUACCUGCUGGAGAAGUCGCGUGUUGUCCUCCAGCAGUCAGGAGAGAGAAACUUCCACUCCUUCUAUCAGGUCCUCUUUGGCGCGACAGACGCCGAGCUCUCCAAACUCAAGCUGAAGCGCGACGUCAAUGCCUACCACUACAUCCGCCAGGGGGGUACGCCCAGGGUGGAUUCCAUUGCAGACAAGGUGGACUACAAGGCAUGCCAGUCCGCCUUCAAGACCCUAGGGUUCACGCCAGAACAGACCGAUGCCAUUUGGAGGAUUGUCAGCGCCAUCCUGCAUUUGGGUAAUAUUGAAUUCACCUCUGGGGGUGAUGAGACUCAGAUCAAGAACCCGAAGGAGGUGAACAACAUUGCAGAGCUCUUGCGUCUGUCGCCUGACCAGGUGACCAAGGCACUAUGUCACCGAGUGAUUGCAGCACGAGGCGAGGUCAUGGAGAAGCGGCACACAGAGAGCGAGGCCAGCUAUGGGCGUGAUGCAUUUGCAAAGGCCAUCUAUGAGAGACUCUUCUGCUCUAUUGUGGAAGGGGUCAACAAUGCUAUUCAAGUGCGCUUCGAAGGGGCUGAGGCCAAGUACAAGUACAAUACUGUGAUUGGAGUUUUGGACAUCUAUGGGUUUGAGAUCUUUGACCGCAACAGCUUUGAGCAGUUCUGCAUCAAUUACUGCAAUGAGAAACUGCAGCAGCUGUUCAUUGAGCUGGUGCUGAAGCAGGAGCAGGAAGAGUACAGGAGGGAAGGCAUUGCAUGGCAGACCAUCGAAUACUUCAACAACCAGAUCAUUUGUGACCUGGUUGAGCAGUCCCACAAGGGCAUCAUUGCCAUUACAGAUGAAGCAUGUCUAAAUGUGGGCAGAGUGACAGAUGAGAUGCUGUUGGAGGCAAUGGAAGGCAAACUCAAAGGACACAAGCACUUCACUACUCGCAAGCUGUCACCAAUGGACAAGGACUCAGACAUGUUGAAGAGUUUCGCGUCAAUUACAAUGAGUAUUCCACGCCUUUGCCUUCUCCUUCCAUUCCUUCGCCUUCUCCUCCUCCUCCUUGCCUCACCCACGGUCCUUCCUCCCCAAAGAGUGAAGAAUGUGCUGCUGCAGUCUAAUGCCAUCCUGGAGGCCUUCGGUAAUGCCAAGACCAACCGCAACGACAACUCCUCACGUUUCGGAAAGUACAUGGACAUCAACUUCGACUUCAAAGGUGACCCCAUCGGCGGCCACGUACAGAACUACCUGCUGGAGAAGUCGCGUGUUGUCCUCCAGCAGUCAGGAGAGAGAAACUUCCACUCCUUCUAUCAGGUCCUCUUUGGCGCGACAGACGCCGAGCUCUCCAAACUCAAGCUGAAGCGCGACGUCAAUGCCUACCACUACAUCCGCCAGGGGGGUACGCCCAGGGUGGAUUCCAUUGCAGACAAGGUGGACUACAAGGCAUGCCAGUCCGCCUUCAAGACCCUAGGGUUCACGCCAGAACAGACCGAUGCCAUUUGGAGGAUUGUCAGCGCCAUCCUGCAUUUGGGUAAUAUUGAAUUCACCUCUGGGGGUGAUGAGACUCAGAUCAAGAACCCGAAGGAGGUGAACAACAUUGCAGAGCUCUUGCGUCUGUCGCCUGACCAGGUGACCAAGGCACUAUGUCACCGAGUGAUUGCAGCACGAGGCGAGGUCAUGGAGAAGCGGCACACAGAGAGCGAGGCCAGCUAUGGGCGUGAUGCAUUUGCAAAGGCCAUCUAUGAGAGACUCUUCUGCUCUAUUGUGGAAGGGGUCAACAAUGCUAUUCAAGUGCGCUUCGAAGGGGCUGAGGCCAAGUACAAGUACAAUACUGUGAUUGGAGUUUUGGACAUCUAUGGGUUUGAGAUCUUUGACCGCAACAGCUUUGAGCAGUUCUGCAUCAAUUACUGCAAUGAGAAACUGCAGCAGCUGUUCAUUGAGCUGGUGCUGAAGCAGGAGCAGGAAGAGUACAGGAGGGAAGGCAUUGCAUGGCAGACCAUCGAAUACUUCAACAACCAGAUCAUUUGUGACCUGGUUGAGCAGUCCCACAAGGGCAUCAUUGCCAUUACAGAUGAAGCAUGUCUAAAUGUGGGCAGAGUGACAGAUGAGAUGCUGUUGGAGGCAAUGGAAGGCAAACUCAAAGGACACAAGCACUUCACUACUCGCAAGCUGUCACCAAUGGACAAGGAACUCAAGCAUGUUGAAGAGUUUCGCGUCAAGCACUAUGCUGGUGAUGUGGUGUACAGCAUCAAGGGUUUCCUGGAGAAGAACAAGGACACACUCUUCCAAGACUUCAAAAGGCUGAUGUACUCCUCCUCAGAUCCUGUGAUUUCAAGCAUGUGGCCAGAGGGUGCCCAGGAUAUCACAAUGACAACAAAGAGGCCACUAACAGCUGGUACUCUCUUCAAAAACUCAAUGAUUGCACUGGUAAAGAACCUGGCCAGCAAGGAGCCCUACUAUAUCCGCUGUAUCAAACCCAAUGACCAGAAGUCCCCUGUAAUCUUUGACGAGGAACGAGUGACUCAUCAGGUCAACUACUUAGGUCUUGUGGAAAAUUUGCGUGUCAGAAGAGCUGGGUUUGCAUACAGACAGAGCUACGAUCGGUUCCUAAGAAGAUACAAGAUGAUAUCCCAGUACACAUGGCCAAACUUCCAUGGAGGCACAGACCGUGAAGGCACCAAGAUCCUGGUGGAGGAACAAGGUUUCAGUAAUGAUGUGAAGUACGGGAACACCAAGAUCUUCGUCCGGUCGCCACAGACACUCUUCGCCUUGGAGCAGGCAAGAGCAAAGUUGAUUCCAGGCAUUGUGAUCUUCUUGCAAAAGAUGUGGAGAGGUGCUCUGUGCAGGAUGCGCUACAGACGAAUGUGUGCAGCCUUGACUAUCAUGCGUCAUUACAGACUGUACAAGAUGAGGUCAUACAUGCUUGAACUCCACCGUGUCUUCAGGAACGUCCGGCAGAUGCAAGACUACGGGAAGCAUGUCCGCUGGCCUGCACCCCCCUUGGUGUUACGGUCAAUGGUGUCUGACUUCCAGAGCAUCCACAACCGCUGGCGAGCUCACAUGAUCCUAUCCAAUGUACCCAAGUCGGACUGGCCUCAGCUCAGGAUCAAGGUGAUUGCUGGAGAUGUUCUUAUGGGGAAACGGGCAGACUGGGGAGUGCGAGAGACAUGGGAAGGAAACUACUUGGCAUCCUCGAGAGAAAACCCAGAAUCCUCUGCAUUCCAGUCUGCUGUCAAGAACAUGAGGAACAAAGAUGGGUUUAGGGAGGUGUUAUUCUCCAGCCUUGUGAGGAAGAUCAACAGAAAUGACAAGAUGUCUGAACGAGCUAUCCUUGUGACAGACAGACAGAUCUACAAACUGCACAGCAAGACUUUCAAGCCUCUGAGAUCCCCCAUACCUAUCUUAGAGGUGAGUGGAAUCAGUGUGAGCCCAGGCCAGGACCAGCUGGUGAUCAUUCACUUGCGAGGAGGCAACGAUUUUGUGGUCUCCCUGAUGUCCCAGUCGAACGCCAACAGAGUGGGAGAGCUCACGGGACUCCUCCUCCGGCAGUACCAGCUUCUGAAUCGUGCUGACUUGCGUGUUGUAGUGGCUGGAACUCUGCAGUGCAUGCUGGGAAACAAGUCACGCAUGGUUGCAGUUGAGGAGACAAAUGUGGGAACUUUCCCAGCAUUUAGGAAGGGCACAAAGCGAGGCGAGCUUGUCUACUCGUGGCCAGAGUCUCUGAACAAGGCUCUCCCUCCACCUCCCCAGACCAGCCUUCACCGCCAGGCUCCCAACCCUCCCUCAAGGCCCCCACCAGGAGCCAAUGGUUAUGGCAAUGGCAAUGAGCAUGGUUAUGGCAACGGACACAUCAAGGGUGGCGGUGGCUACCACAAUGUUGACAGGAACAGCAAUGGGAACGGCCACGUCUAUGCCAACACAGGAAGAUACUGAGCUCUUGACUGUCACCACCAUCCGUUAGAAAAAGGCAGUGGUGACUAAUGUUUUUUAUGGGAGUUAAGAUAUUAAAGUGUGCCUUAUUUUCAUAAUUUGUAUAGCCCCUUCACUAGAGCUUUAUCUCUUGCUCCAUUUUUUUUCUUCAAGUUUGUGAAUGGGAUUUAUUUUUGAUAUCCCAUUCUUGUUUUUUCAUUAAUAUAUCAAUAAUAUAAUCUUUUUCUUUCUUUUUUUCUUUUCUUUUUUGUAAGAUAUGUCUUUUCCUGAAAUCUUCCCCUUGUCUAUAUGCCAUUAGAGUGUUCUAUUUCCAAAUCUUGUGUCUUAUUAGUUUUGUGUGAUGACAUGAUUUGUUGUGUGCUAUAUUACCCUGUAAAGCUUGUAAACCACCAGUAUAUUUGUUUACAGCACAGGUGGUGGUUUGUAUCAUGUGUUUGUACAUACUUAAACAUAGAAGUUCAAUGGCUUUGAAUUUAGUUUUAAGAAUUUCUUGAUUUCUUUUAUUUAUUUGUCUUUUUUAAGAAGUUAUGAAUGUUAUAACUAUGCUUCUUUAAGCCGAGAAUUUGGCAUUCAGUGUUGGUCCAAAAACCAGCUAAUUCCAAAUUUGGGACCAAGUCUUGUGUUUUAUGGGAGAAACUGGGUAGAAAUUGAUUGAUUUGAUAUAACCAUUACCAUAUAUUAGCAUUUACUUUUUGUGUUAUAUUUCCUUCCUCACGACUCAUGCAUUUUAACGUUCCAUUAGUUUGAUUCAUUCACCAUUUAUUAUUACUGGUCAAGUCUUUCCAUAAUAUUGUGCUAUACAUUGCAUUUCUCUCUGUUAAAUAUAUUGAGAAAGCCAUCCUAUAAUAGCUAUAGGAUGAGGCUUUUAGUGUUUUACUUGCAGUCCAGAGACAGGUCAAAUUCUUGUAGGCCUAUUUUAGAGAUGUAGUAUUAUAUAUAGCUGCUAGCUAGCAUGUUUUUGUAAACAGGAGUUAUAGCAGAUUAUUUUUUUCAUUACUAUUGUUAUAUAUACAUCUUUUCUAAUCUUGUCUUAUUUUUAUCAUUAUUGUCCCCACAAAGAUACUGCUGCUAUCUGCUAUCUCGACUUACUUCCCAUUAGGCCUAAAGCAACUUGCAUGCAACUACUUAUAUUCAGUAGAAUGGUUACUGAUUUCCUUGCUAGUGCUUGCAAAAGGGCCUAAUGACAGUGCAUAAUAGGUCAGUCAUUUUUGAGUAGUUAGUCCUAGGGAAUUUGAAUGAGAACCAGAAAGAGUUGUUGGAUUAUUUUGCAGUUUUUCAUCAGUUGAAGAUUUAGUGGCUUGUAGUUCGUGAAGAAUAGAGAGGGAAGAGUACCCAUAGUAAGGCUGAAAAUGUAAUGGUACUUAAAUAGCAUAGGAGAGGUAGUUCAGUGUUUUACUACUUUGUAUUUAUAUAUUUUUUUAUUAAUUUGAUUUUUUUUCCCUUUUGUAUGGUUCUAAAUGUUCUCUUUUUUAAUAUAGAGAAGUGUAUUGUAUUUCAUUGAAAUGCUACACUUAAGUUUUGAUUUGAUGAAGGCAAAGUGACCCGAUAUAGUGAAGUUUCUUAUGUUAUUUAGUUUCAUAAUUUGAUUGGCAGUUUUUUCCCACUUGAAUUAAUUGUUUGUUCUUUUUUCAUGUUUUAUAAUUGUUUUUCAAGUCACUUGCUAUUCUUUAUAAGUGUAUUACUAAGUACUUAUCAUUUUAAUGUGGAAAAUUGUAUAGGUUAUCUCAGCUUUAAGAUACAAGAUCAAUAAACUUAGAAAAGUGGAAAGGGUACUUAACACUUUGUCUGUUUUCUUGUGUUAUGUGGAUUGUGGAAUAUAUACACUGAAUGGGUUUCACAGACAAACAAAAAAAGAAGUGUUGCUAAUGUUAAAGAGUGAAAGAAAAGCAACAAAAAUUAUCUAUCACGAGUGUGACUUUGUAAUUAUGUGCCAUUUUUUUGGGGGGAAGGGUUUUGAGGAGUGGAGGGUGUUACACAUUUGAAAUAUUGCUAGAGAAAUUCCCUCAGCUGUUGAGGAAUGAUUACAUGUUUAUUUUAGAUUACCACAUGGAGAAAUCCCUAGUGUAUUCCUUUAUGGUAAUAUUGUGAUUUGCCUAAUCACUAUUCAUGUACAGGACAGCAUUUUCUUUCAUAGGUUAGAUGACUAACUACAGCUUUUUAAUAUUUUAUUUUGUUUUUUGAAACAACUGAUGUGAGGAACACUAUGCAAAUAAGAUAUCAAUUAUCACACAAGUUGUGUACAUAAAUGUGCAUACCAACACACAGACACACACAUGUACACACGUACACAUGCAUCUAUGCAUAUACACAUGCAAGCAAGGGUUUGUGAAUGUUCUUUGUAUUAACAGAACAGUGUGUGAAAGACGUCCAUAGUGCUCUUUCCAACAGUAACUAGACGCUGGGCAUUAUUGAUGCCUUAACAAACCAUAUGCAGAGAUGAUACACUUUUUGAGUGUAGGCAGUUUGUUGAAAUUUUGUAUAUUACAUGGAUAUUUGUGAAUAAAAGUGUCUAUGCAA